UGCAUGCCCUUUCAGCUGAGGCUCCCAACUAUGCCGGGCUGUCCGUCCUUUCACCUCGCGGUCUAUUCUCUUCAACAGCAACUUUUCUCUUAGCCUCCGGAGCAUUCCCAUCGCUUUUCUUGCAAGCCAUCAACUGUUGCAAUUUCAGAGUACAGGGGAGGAAACCAAUGGCCGACACACACAUCACCGACGCUUAUCUAGAGGGUUAGCACUCCUUGGACAAGCUCGUGACACAAGAAAGGACUCUGUUUGACUGGCUGCGACGGUGAAGGAGAGUACUCCGGGUUCUGGGAGGGACACCAUGGGAAAGAACCACGGGGGUAUGUCAUCACCGGUUUGUGUAGAGGACUGAGGGUAUCACCAAGCGGCUGGUGGUGGCUGAUGAGGGGUUGAAUGGUAUACAAGUGAGGGGGAAAUGGUGAGAUAUUUGCAACACUAGAGGAUCUAUUAGCCUUGCUUCACAAACUCGCAGUCAGCGCUCGUCUACUUGUUUUUUUUCUUUUGACCUAAUAGCGCGAAUGGUGAGUCUUGCUAGCUGGGGGUAGGUAGCCUCAAAUUGACCAAAAUAUUCUGGCAGGAGAGAAGGCCACUGUGGGAUUUUGGCUUCUUACCAGAAGGAGAGAAAAGUUUUGAGAGACGAAUCGUCAACAGCGCCGCCUCCGACAGCAAGCAAAAGUACAAAGAUGUCAUACGGCGAUAACACCAACAGCAGAGGAGAAGAAGACGACGCCUUCACGGCUGCGGACGCGGCGUAUUACUCUAGCCAAGGGGCCAGCAUGACAGCUUGGGGAAGUGAUGAGACGUGGAGUGAUCCGCUUAAGGAUGGCACCAAGGGGAAGGGUGGUGGUGGGAACAAGAAGGGUGGCGGUGAUAAGAGUAAGAGGAAGGAUAUGAAGAAGAAAUGACAUCGUCCGACGGAAGUUGGAUUUGGAAGACUAUAUGGUGGAUAGGCUUUCUUUUGUGUUUGGGUUUUGUUUGUCGCAUUUUCAUCGCCCUCGGAUCCGGAGGGUGUAUCGCUCUUCUUUGACAAAGGCGUUUUCUUACUUAUGAACUCAGCUCAAUGAUUCUGAACCGGUCUCUUUAACACCAUCUUGAUGGAAGUCAACGUGAAAAGACAUGGUCAACAAACCCCCUGAAACAACUUAAUAUACCGCCCAUCCCACGUAAAGCUGUAAAUAACCGUACUGAACACACCCCUCGCCCCACUUAAUUACACCAACUUCACCUCACACCUCUCAAGCUUGACCCCACGCGCGUCACUUCUCUCAUUCUUCAAUUAUUACGACCGCCAUAUCUCAUCAACUCACGACAAUACUCUCACUACUUACCACUUGCCUUCACCUUCACAACCACAUACCUACCCAACUCAGAAAUUACAAAGCAAGCAGAAUGGACAUCCCCCGCCCCACCUCCGCCCUCCACCCCGGCUCCCCCCCAGAACUCACCCCAACAGAGCAAGAAGUCCUCGAGGAAUAUGAGCGGUUGGCAGAUAACAUGAAAAAGCUCGCCUCCCUCCUCGACACCCUAGCCUCCAACCCCACAGUCGAAAUCCUCGACGGCCUCCGCGAGCUCGAGCGCAAGACCUCGUUGGUGUUCACCCUCCUAAAAGCAAGUGUCUACAGCAUUGUUCUGCAGCAGGAGAUGGGCUGGGGCGGCGGGGGUGAUCAGCAACAACAACAACAACAACAUCAGGAGGGGGAUCACUAUGAUGAUGAUGAUGAUGAUGAUGAUGAUGAGUGA